CCCAGGAUGUGUCUCUGCAAGUGUCUCUCUUAUUACUGUACACGAGUUUUUGACAUCUUCCCAGAGCUAUGGGUGAUAUGCAGCGGUGUGGGGAGGAGUGGGUGUGCCUGGGCGUGUGGUGGGCACAGUCUGAAAUCCAGAUGUUAAUGGGAUGAAGUGGGGGAAGAGACCCCAGAUACACUAAGCCCUUUGCUAGUCAUCUCCCUUGACUUUGGGAGAGCCAUGGACUUGGCUUUGGGGACCUCUAACUAACAUGCCCAUUGCCCUAUUCUGUCACAAACUCAGCUUCCUGCAUGACUCCCAUUGGCCUUCUUUUUCCCCAGUCUGUGGAACCCAGGGAGGCUGCCUAGGGCCGUCUCUAAGCACCUUGACGAUGAUGCAAACCCAAAGAAAUUAGCAUUCCCCUCUCCUUCCUUUUUCCCCACCCCAAAGUCAUUUCCUCCUACCUGGGAUUUUGAUGUCCUGGUUCCUUUCAGUGUUAUUGAUACACACUGAGGGGGGAAGGGGAGGAACUUCUCCAAAUUCCCCAGAAGGUUUUGAGAAUAGUUGUCAAUGUUGCAACUUGGAACAAGUCAGUUUCAAGUUUGGUUUUCCAUCAGAAAGCUCAGCAGGAGUUGGGUAUAUAAGCUCCAAGAGCAGGACCAGCAGCAGAGGAAACAACAGUUUCAAGCCCAUCUGACCCUGCAGCCUGCACCAAGCCAAGUCUACGUGGUGGAGUUGGAUUGGCACCCUGACACACCUGGAGAAACGGUGGUCCUCACCUGUGACACUCCUGAAGAAGACGGCAUCACCUGGACCUCAGGUCAGAGCAGUGAGGUCUUAGGCUCUGGCAAAACCCUGACCAUUCUAGUCAAAGAGUUUGAAGAUGCUGGCCACUACACCUGCCACAGAGGAGGUGAAGUUCUGAGCCAGAUGCUCCUGCUGCUUCACAAAAAUGAAGAUGGGAUUUGGUCCACUGAUAUUCUGAAGAAAAAAGAACCUGAAAAUAAGAACUUUGUAACAUGCGAGGCAAAGAAUUACUCUGGACGUUUUACCUGCUGGUGGCUGACGGCAAUCAGUACUGAUGUGAAAUUCAGUGUCAAGAGCCAGAGAGGCUCCUCUGACCCUCAAGGGGUGACGUGUGGAGAAGCAACUCUCUCUGCAGAGAGGGUCAAAAUAGAGCAGAGAGAGUACAAGAAGUACUCAGUGCAGUGCCAGGAGGACAGUGCUUGCCCCACCGCUGAGGAGACCCUGCCCAUCAUGGUGGUGGUGGACGCAGUUCACAAGCUCAAGUACGAAAACUACGCCAGCAGCUUCUUCAUCAGAGACAUCAUCAAACCUGACCCACCCAAGAACCUAAAGAUGAAGCCAUCCAAGACUCCUCAGCAGGUGGAGGUCACCUGGGAGUACCCAGACAGCUGGAGCACCCCGCACUCCUACUUCUCCCUGACAUUCUCUGUGCAGGUCCAGGGCAAGAAGAAGAAAAGGAGCAAUACUCUCCACGUGGAUAAGACCUCAGUCACAGUGACCUGCCAGAAGGGUGCCAAGGUCAGCGUGCAAGCCCGGGACCGAUACUACAACUCAUCGUGGAGUGAAUGGGCAACUAUGUCCUGCCCUUAGGUUCCAAUCCCAGGAUGAAACUUUAGAGGAAAAAAUGGAAGAUAUUAUACAAAAUUUUUUCAUGACAUAUUGGAAGAAACCCCAAAUGAUAUUUUCUACUCAAUUUGUUUUUUAAAUUUUUUAGGACCAUAAUGGUACCUUUGCUAUGUUUUUACAUGUAGAAGCUAUGUGCUCACUGACACAAUGAGCUAAUUUAUUUAUAGAUGUUUUCAGCACUCUAGUUGCCACUGACCUCAUUGCUAUUUAAAUAUUUAAGUAAUUUAUGUAUUUAUUAAUUUAUUACUGUUAUUUAAGACUUAUGUGCCAGGAUGUAUUGAAUGGUUCAGACUCUCACGACCUGAUCCAUAGAAGUCAAGCCCUAUUAUGCAAAAUGUGAAUUUCCAGUGUUCUUUAUACUGACUUCUUUCCAAGUGAGGCUGCAGGUGCACUGGUUUUAUGACAACAAGUGGUGGCAUAAUGCUGUGACAUGGGCACUAUCAUAUAUUCGGGCUGGAUGGGAACACAGAUGUUUAAAUGGAGAUAUGAAGACAUGAAGCUGUGGAAGAGAUCCCUAAGGAGCUGAUGCUAGAUACACUGGAGACGUGCUAGCAGUGGCAUUGAUAAGCAAUUCAGAGACAUCUGUACUUCAAGCAGAUUUAGCCUUUAGAUGCCUGAAUUUAAAAAGAGCUAAAAACAAACAAACAAAACAUUAAAAUUGAAUUUCAGCCUCCCUGAUGGUUCUCUCUAAGACACAGAAGGGUGGUACAGGGACAUCAUAGGUGUCCUGAAGAUAAAAAGCUCUUAGAAAUCAAGAGGGUGGACAAUUAUAGUCAUGGAUAAGGACAUUAAAUUGUCAGAACUGCAGAUGGCAGCUUUACAGCCACACACAAAAGCAGGCAGAUGCAGAGAAAAACCAUCUAGAAUCACUUCCCCAUCUACACCAGGGAACCUGACACCCAGAUAGGACCAGACAGUAUCACUCCGUGGAAGUGUAGCUUUUAAAUAAUGGACGUGCAUUCUGUAAAGCGUUUAGGUUGGUUUUCUGUUUGUUUAUUUAUUUAUUUAUUUUUGCAUUCUGAGGCCAAACUAAUAAAAGCUCUUUUUUGCAAUCACA